AUGCUGCCUUUCACCCCUGGGAAAUGCUUGUUCUGUCCAAAUAUCUCACCAACCUUCACAGACAGCGUGACGCAUAUGCAAAACUCACAUGGCUUGUUUGUUCCUGACCGGCAACAUCUGGCGGUCGACCUCAAGACCCUCUUUGAAUACCUGUAUCUCGUCAUAUUUGGUUAUCGAGAAUGUAUACAAUGUGGGACGAGUAAAGCCAGCGUACAAGCUGUACAACAGCAUAUGACAAGCAAGGGUCACUGCAAAUUCGAUAUAUCAGAACAAGAUUCGGAAUUUGCCGAGUUUUACGACUUCUCCGAGCUGGAUGAUAACACGAAGAGUGGAAUUGAGAGCGAUGACAAUGAAAGGAAUGAGGAGGAUAUGUGGACAAGCCCAAGCCGAAAGCCGCUGAUGGUGAAUCAAGAUUCAAUCGAGUUACCUUCUGGCAGGAUAAUAUUCAAAAAGUUAUCGACACAAGCGGAAAGAUCAUUAUUGUCACGAUUGAAACGCCGAAAUCGAACCAUGGCUUCACGAAUAGAAUAUUAUACACCCGAAGCAGAUGACAAAGACGGGUCCAAUAAAGAGGAACACUCAGAUAUAGAUGAUACAACAAUAUUAUCGAAGAGACAGAAACAAGAAAAAGCGAAGACGAAAUUUCAACUGACAUAUAUGAGCGCAAACGACCAACGCAGCAUGAUGCACUUACCUGCGCCUCAGCAGCUCUCAAUACUGGCAAUGCAACAUAGACAAGUGAAAAGGGCGCAGAAAGAGGACCGAAGAAGGCAGAGUCAUAUUGACCGAAAGGGGAAUAAGAAUUUGUAUGCAUAUUGGGACACUGAAACGCCCGUCUACCUGUGUGGUUAG